AUGCCUCGCAUCAAAGACUAUGGUGCCAAAGGACGUGGGCUCCAAGCGGUUGCAUCUGCUCCAGAUAGGCUAGUAUACAAGGCGGGUGAUAUUAUUGGUGAGCUCGUCGCAGUGCUGAAGCCCUUGCAGAGCCAGACUGAUGGGUGGAGUGUCGAGGUCAAGAGAAAGGAUCUCCCUAUGGAAUCCGAGACCGUCCGCACGCUUCAUUGGUAUGAUCAUAUCAGGAAAGUAUAG